AUGGUUUUACGAAUAAGUAUCGAAAUUUAUACUCAUAGUAUAGAUAUACCAGUCCAAAUUGGGUUGACAAUGAAAAAACAAGAGUACGAAAUGAAAGCCUUUAGAACCGUACCAACCUACUUCACUGUUCGAGUUUCAUCCACGGAUACUACGUAUCAACGACCGUUUAGAGUGUUAAUAAAAAUCGACGGAAUCUCACCACCAAAUUAUCCACCAAUCGACCUCUAUGGAGUGGAAAAAAAACAGCAAAACUAUGUAGUAAAUAACAAUCCUCAACUGGUUGGUGCGAUAUCAGCGUAUUUUUAUCCCACGGUUUCUGCUCAAAUAAAAUCUAGUUUUCCUGUUGCACUGUUGCAUUUGCAUUAUCGAUCAGUUGAUGAGUUGAGACAGU